UCAGGCACAAAUAAAUAAAGAAAGAUAUAUGGCUACAGAGUUUGGAAUAAAUGAAUCUACAAGAGAAACCAGAUCUUUAACUUUGAAUUUGAAUGCUGAAGGUUUAAGAAAUAGAGAAAAAAUGUUCUUUAGUAGUUUGGAUUAUUUAAGUAAUAAUUAUGAUAAAUUGAGUGAAGGCAGUAUGAAAACUUCAAGAUCCGUUGGUCAUAUGUCAGUUGAUUCAACACCAAUAACACCUCAAUCAUCAAAAGAUACUUUUGAAUUACCCGAAAAAGAGCUUAUAAAUACAGCUGAUAUAAUUGAUAUUAUACAAAAGCAUAAUGAUGAUAUUGCUACGGCAGAUAUUGAUUUGAUAGAUGGUUUCAAGUUUCCAACAUGUGAUGAUUACCUUCUGAAGGAAAAAGAAAGUUCUCAUGAAGUGAGUAAUUUAAUUGUUCCAAGAUUUGGAAUGGACAGUCCAUUCAAAAAUUGUUUGGUAAGCCUAAAUAAUAAACAGUUGUGCAUAUUUGGCGGUGAAAGAGAUGAGGACCAGCUUGAUUCGACCACAAUUGAAGGAUUGAGCAUAGGAAAUAUCACAUCAUUUUUGCACAAAUCGGUACAAAUCCCAUUGCUCGCUCAAUAUGACUUGGUGCGAGAUGCCGUUAUGCAUUACUUUAUAUCUGAAGUGGACAUUUUAGGACAUUUUUAUUCCUUACGGCGAUUUUUACUUCUUCUUGAUGGAGAAUUCGGUUCUGCUUUAUGUGGAGAAAUAUUUGCUAAAAUGGAGAGUGGAUUAAUGCCUGCUCAUGUUCUCAGUCCAUCAGUCUUGCACGAUAUUCUGAAUCGCGCCUUGAUUGUUUGUGGAGGAGUGUCUGAUCCUAAUGCAGAGAGAUUAUCUUUUUGCCUUCAAGAAACACCUCCAACACAUUGGGAGCACAGUAGUGCUGAUGCCUUGAAGUGUUUACUUCCAUCAUACAAAGCACCUUGGCCGCUCUCGAUGAUUUUACCGCAAUCAAUUCUUGACCAAUAUGCUUUGAUAUUCCAGCAUCUGAUGAAAGUGAGAAGAAUUGCUUUUAAAUUAGAAGAAUGUUUUGAGUCGAUGAAUUCAGCUCUGAGGUCGUGUGGUCAAGAUCUUUUGCGCUCAACGCAGUUUCGAAGCGUCCAAUUAUGGCGAGGUAUCAUGUCUCAUUUCGUUCGAUCGUGGCAAGUAUAUCAGACUGGUUCCGUACUCUAUUCAGCGACCUGGAAGUUUGAGAAGCUCCUGCAGGAUGUCAAAGGUGCCGACGAGUUGUACCGGAGACAUAAGCAGUAUGUCAAACAUAUAUCAUUUCUAUCUUUUCAAUCCGCGAGUUCCAACAAGAUUCGAAAAGUUUUUGAUAACUGCUUCACAACAAUAUUACUAUUCAACCGAACAUUACAUGCCGGAGGAUGGAUUCCGCGCACUAACAAACCAGAAUUUAAACAUUCACGUUUCAAAGAUUUGGAAAAAAUAUUUAUUAAUUUUGAAGAUAUAGCAGCACAUUGUUAUAAAUUUUGUUUGAAACUUUCUAUUUGCGGUUAUCAGCCUAUGCUUGCAGAGUUUGUCGAUUUACUUGACAUGAAUGGGUAUUAUACGAAGUUGAUGGGAAAGUAUACAAGAUCCAAUGUUGUAUUGUUAUAAAUUUUGUUUAAAACUUUCUAUUUGCGGUUAUAAGCCUCUGCUUGCAGAGUUUGUCGAUUUACUUCAUAUGAACGCAUAUUAUACGAAGUUGAUGGAGAAGUAUAUAAGAUCCAAUGCUGUAACUGUUUAUUAAGGUUUUAUUGAUGUUUUUACUUUUUCUAUUCUGUUGUUGUAUUGCUAAUUUCUAUUUUUAUGGAUUUCUGUUUUAACUAAAUGAAAAAUGAAAAUAAUUAAGUUUUAGUUUAUCUUAGUUAAGAUUAGUACUUAAAUUAAAUUAAUCAGGGAGAAUGCGUAUUAAAUGUUUCAAAUUAUAGAUACGCUAAAAUCUUGAUGUUGUCUUUAUAGGAGAAACAAGUCAGCUUUAAGCAUUUUUCAGCUCAAGAAGAAAUAAAAUUUUUCUUGAGCAUGAGAAACCUACAUAUUAGAUGUUAUAUUUUCAUGUAU